AUGACCGCUGAGAAGAGGAAGAAGCCUUCUUGUGAUUCCGCACCUGUUAGCUGUACGUCCCAUUGCUCUACCUGUUCGUCAACUGCAUCCAACAACUACAUCAAGUGCCUUGAGGUCUACUUUGAGGAAGUCGCUAGAGACCAACUACGACAUGUUGGCAGCCCAUUUGGCGAGCAAUCACAUACUGACUGUGACUGGCCAGCAAUUGCAGACCAGAUUCUAUUACAUCAAGAAGAAAUGGGACCUGUUCUGCAAUCUGCGUGGGAUUUCAUCAAAGACAGAGACCGGGUUGGGUGGAGUGAGGACAGCUACUGUUUCACUGCUGAUGAUGAACAUUGGGCCAACUUGGAGCAGACCAAUGCCUCGUACGUUGACUUCAAAAAAGAGAAUUCAUGCUACUGGUACGAUCGGUUGACACCUCUACUGCUUGGAAGACAUGCCACAGGCAGCCGUGCCCAGUCUGCAAGCGAGGUCGUUCAUUUGGAACCGCCUCGCCGAGAACGGAUCAACUCUGCUAGUAAAAGUCGAAAGGGAAAAGGUAAAGCCUCUAGCUCGAGGGUGCCUACUCCGGUGAACGUACCAGCAGUUGAGGAUGACGACGACGUCUACUAUGUUCCCCCAGUUCCUGGUGCAGUUGGACAAAAAUGGUCAGCCUCAAGCCUAGGAACCAGUGGUGAACCUGAAGGGAGUAGAGGUUCAAAAUCGACACGGUCAUCUACUGGUCUUGAGGAUGCUCUAAGCAAGAUCGGGAAUUACACCGACUUCGUUCUUGAGGACAGACGGAGUAGGUCGGAGUACGACUCCCUCCACGGCAUAAUGCAGUGCCAGGAUGUGAUCACCUCAAUGGAUAUUCCGGACGAGUGGAGACUUGAAGCAUGUGAUCACUAUGCCAAAUAUGAGAACGAGGGUGCAAGGAUUAUUUUUAUUAGAGCUUCUGCAGCCGAUCGCUACGGCUACAUCCUGAAGUUGAUGAAGGCGAAAGGCUUGGCCUAAGAACACUU